AACUCUUAUCCACGAAGGAAAUGCGAAAAGUUUACCUUCAGAUUGUGAUUCCGACACAGAUUGUGAUUUUUGAUGCUAUAUGAGUGAUGACUGAUGACCCAAAUACAAAAGAGGAUCUGGGAAGUGAGAAAACUGCCAAACUCCCAAUUGGGAAUUUGUUCAAUUUCUUUCACUUAUUUUGUUCUGAUUGUGUUUAACAAUGGGGCGUAGGAAGUUGGUGAUAAAGCGAAUCGAGGAUAAGAGCGCUAGACAAGUAACGUUUACGAAGAGAAGAAAUGGAUUGAUAAAGAAGGCGAAAGAGCUUGCUGUUCUCUGCGAUGUUGAUGUUAAUGUUAUUAUCUUCUCCAGCCGAGGAAAGCUCUACCAUUACUGUAGCAGUAACAGCUUGGCAGAUAUCUUGCGACGGUAUCACAGCCCCGUUGAAGCUGAACCAAGUGCCUCUGCAGAGGAACAUUACUCUAACUAUGCAAGUUGCUUGUCAAUUGGAGAGCUUCUGCAUAUAGUGGAAAGGGACCUCAGAGGGCCAGAUAUUGAUAACCUCAGCAUAACUGAUCUUGUGCAUUUGGAGGAACAACUCCAGGCUGCAUUAAUUGGAGCAAGAUCUACAAAGCUUGUGUUGCAAUACUGUACAUUCAUUGAGUUUGUAUAUAUGCAGACGCAUAUUAUGCUACAAUCUAUAACCAGUCUUCAUGAAAAGUCAGGGAUGCUUACCUGGUGUCUUUUUGGGCAGGAAAAGGAGCUCAUAGAAGACAAUAGGCUUCUGGAGGAAAAGUUGAACCGAAUUGCUGAAAACACGAUAGACGUGGGAGCAAAUGAGAAAAUGGAUUUUAAUAACGCUGCUCGCGGCCAAAUGAUACCUGGAGAUCAGCAACAUGGAUUACUUGAUUUGUUCCAAAGUAAUUAAAUCAUGAAAUCGACCUACAGCAGGAUGACUAUAAAGCUCAGCUGAAAAUCAAAUAAAUUUUCAUUAAGACUUUUCUUUGUAUUAAAAGUUGACGUAUAGUCGUUACUGCUUAAAUGUGCCUCUUACCUUUAUUGUUCCAGAUAUGCAUUCGUGCAUUAUGUAAAAUACAAAAUUAGUACAA